AGUGGGAGCCACAAACCAAACCAAACCAAACCAAACGCACCACAACAAGAUAGCUUCUUACUUGUAACUUGUAACUUGUUACUAUGUGAAGCUUCACCCAGAAACCAUGCUCCAUGGCCAAGAUCAUUCACCAAACCACCUCAAACAUGUCACACCUCUGCCGGAAAAUCGUCCACGUCCAAGUCCUCCGAAGGGUCUCCUUCGUCGGCAACUUCUUCCGCUUCAUAUGGAACAGGCUUCUUGUUUGCUCCGUCGCCGGGGGCCAACCUCGCUACCGGAAACUACCCCUCCACGACUCCUCUUCCUCCUCUACCUCCACCUCUGACCACGCCUUCCCCGCCCCCGCCGUCACCGGCUAUGACUCCGACUCCGAUUUGGUGAACCUCAAGAUCAGCUUGUUGGGUGAUUGCCAUAUUGGAAAAACUACUUUUCUGAUCAAGUAUGUAGGGAAUGAACAAGAAAAGAGGAGCCUACAGAUGGAAGGAUUGAAUCUGAUGGACAAAACUUUGUCUGUUCAAGGAGCUCGUAUUUCGUUUAGAAUAUGGGAUGUUGCAGGUGAUAAAAGUUCCCUGGAUCAAAUUCCCAUGGCUUGCAAAGAUGCAGUUGCUAUUUUGAUUAUGUUCGAUCUCACCAGUCGUUGUACACUAAAUAGUGUUGUUGGAUGGUACAGUGAAGCAAGAAAGUGGAAUCAGAGUGCAAUUCCAAUUCUAAUAGGAACCAAGUUUGAUGAUUUUGUUAGACUUCCCCCAGAUGUACAAUGGACAAUUGUAACACAGGCAAGGGCAUAUGCAAGGGCGAUGAAGGCAACCCUUUUCUUUUCGAGUGCUACACACAACAUAAAUGUGAACAAAAUUUUCAAGUUUAUCAUGGCCAAACUCUUUAACUUGCCUUGGACAGUGGAAAGAAAUUUGAGGGUUGGAGAACCCAUAAUUGACUUCUAAAUUGUUCUUUACACUGAUUCAUAUGUACAUAGCAGGACCAAGGAGAAUAAAUAAUAGAAUGAGAAAGAAAACAAGUCAAAAUUUUCUGUUUACACCAUUCAGCGCCACCUAGGUACCUAAUUUCCAUGUUUCAAUAGGCCAUUUUGACCACAUGUCUUUAGAGAGUGAAAACCUUAAAUCACUAAUUUUGUGACUCAGUUUGUCUGUCGCCAUAGGCUUCCCCUGUUGUGGCUGAGGUCAAAGCCCACAGGUAUUCAUAUUUUUCAAUAUGUUCAAAUUAAAAGCAAAAAGAAAUUCUAUUUCUAUGUAAUUUUUGUAUGUUAUAUUUAGAAGACUUUUAGUAAUACAGUACUUUAUAAUGCUCUCUUUA